GGUGGUGACCGAUGAAUGCUACCCCUUUACCAGCCAGGAAAAUGAGAGCUCAUUCGCCAGUCCACCUUGCAUGAUGCACACCCGAUCCACUGGCAGGGGGAAGAGGCAAGCUACAGCACGUUGCCCCAACUCACAAACAGAUUUCAAUGAGAUCUACCAAUCCACACCUGCAUAUCGUCUCUCCUCAAAUCCAUCAUGGAAGUGCAUGAAGACUUCUUUGUGUAUCAAAGUGGGAUUUAUCAGCAUACUCCUGUAGCAGCUGGGAAGCCAGAACAAUACCGACAACAUGGAACCCAUUCUGUCAAAAUUACUGGAUGGGGAGAAGAACAGAAGCCGGAUGGGUCAAAAUGGAAAUAUUGGAUUGCAGCCAACUCCUGGGGCAAGGCAUGGGGUGAACACGGCUACUUCCGCAUAGCCAGGGGGACCAAUGAGUGCGAGAUUGAAUCCUUUGUGGUGGGCGUCUGGGGCCGUGUUGGAAUGGAAGAUAUGCACCACAAGAAAUGAGCAGAUUGGACCCUUCAGCCUUGCAUUGUGAUAACAGGAAGAAUUUCUUUCCUUCUGUUGGCCCUAUGUUUUCUUCUCCUCAAAGCAUCUGGCAUCUAGGACAGUCACAGGACAUGACUACUGUGGGUUUGGCCUCCAAAGACAGCAGCCUUUGUCUCUGUUCUGGCUGAAGCCUAGAACUAUCAUGUGGAUUUGGGAACAAAAAAGGCUUUGGAGGAUCCUUCCUCAGAUGGUGGGGGAAAGAAACCUGAGAACUUCUGAAACGGCUACCAAAAUGCUACAGUUUCUUGAAAAGGACCAAGAGAAGAUAUCCAGUAUGACAUUUUGUUAUGUAUAGUUCACAUACCCACAAUCAAAGGAACCUGGAGAUAUCAGAAGCAAACCUUGCCAGGAUUCCCUACCAAGUAUGGAAAGUUGCAGAUAAUCUGAAGAAGCCUGCUGACUGGGAGACCAACCAACAUAUUUUUUUUGUAGUCCUUUCUGUGAUCUACCUUACAGAACCUUCUUGAAAAUGAUGACGUCUCGGGUUGACCUUCCCCAGAGGCAACCAUGGUAAAAUAAAGAGUUGUCGUCCUCUUGGGCCAAAUUUUCAAGCAUCUCAGGUAGUACAUCUAUGGAUGAGUGGAUUUUUAGUCCUAGCAGGCAUGUCUGUAGCUAUGGCCACCAAUUCCAAAAUGGCAGAUGAACUAGAUGAAAGAAACCUUGCCUCAUUUUAUGUGUCUUAAACAUGUCCUAAGAUUUCCAAGAAUGGCUAUAUAGGUUGAAAUCAACCCAUUGGGAGAGAGGCCAGAUUGAGGGAGGCUGGCUUAGCUUUGACUCUCUGUCAACAUGAAACAAAUUCUUUCUUGCCCAUCCUAUCUUAGAACGUGGAAUCACAGGGCUGAGAAGAGACCUUAGAGGUCUCCUAAUUUAACCCCUACUCAAGGCAGCAAUCAUAGCGAAGUAAGUAUCUCUGAUACCCUUUAGACAGCAUCAGCCUUCCUCCAACAGUCCUUCUCAGCUAGGUUGGAUUUCCGAGCCCCAUAAUUUCCAACAUAGCCAUCUAUGGACAUCAAGGCACAAAUCUCCAGAGAGCCCCAGGAUGAGGUCAAGCUGCCUUGUGUGUCCACAACAAUGGAAGGAGUUUCUUCCUGUGUUUCUUGAGCUUCCUUGUUCAGCCCACCAUGAGGUAUGGCUGCUCCAAAGACAAUGCAAUUCCUUCCCAGCUCUAGCAGCUGAGUGCUUUGCCAAAGUCCUUCACUUGACUUUCCAAGCCCAAACUGAAAUCAACCCCCAGGCCAUCUGUUAUAGGUCCAUCUAAACUGGAAAAAUAGGAGGAAAUUCUACUCCUCCUAUCUCCUCUGCCUGGUUUCAGUUCCCAUGGAUUUUGGGGUUUUUUCCCCCAUUUCCCUGCCGCAUAGCCAGACACCAACUUUUGCUGAGUCCGAUGACUUGGUGCACCAUUCCGAUGGCUCUGACCCCUAGUGAAAACUUUUACCUCCUGCCCAAAGCCACUCUCAGGUUACCCCGCUGCCUUUCCUCUUUUUCUUUCUUUUUCUUUUUUCCCCUUUUGGCUUUUGAUGCCUGUCUCUGCACCUUCCGUGCUGGCGUGAGAGUCUCUCGCGGCUAAGCCUCCCUUGGCUUAGCGCCCCUUUGUUGAGAACUUAAGGCUGUUGAAAAGGGGAGGCCUUCAGCCAGCCAGGCAGGUUGGUUUUGUGUCCCAUUCUGCAAGCUCUGCGAGAGCCAGUGUAAACACCGGGCGGCUGCCAUUGGUGUGAAAGAAGCGGAAAAAAGCGCAUUAAAUGGCGCGUGUUCAUGCAUGAGUGAGGCGGGGAGCUUUGGAAGAAGUGCCUGUGCCAGCAGUCCUUCCAUGCAGCCGGAAAACUCUUUUAUGUGAGGAUGAAGGGAGAAAGUGGAGCUUCCUCUCCUAAUACCUGAUCAAAGCAGAGAUUAGGGGAAUCUCGGCCUAGUUGUCCUGGUGGGGAGGUGGGUGGGAGGGAAUGGGACCGGGACAAAUCAUUAGCCUUCAGGCUACAAUUAGAAGCUGGUCUAAUGGGUUGCUUAGCUGCAUGCAUUUGAAAGAAGAGGAACUUCCCUUGAUGCUUUCAACUUGGUUACUGAAAACACCCAUUUUAUGGAUUGGAACAAUUGGUGGAAAGUCCACAAGCUGGACUUGAACUGUACACUAAACUUCCAAAGGAGAAAAAUCAAAUGGAAACCAGAGCAAUGAAGCAUGGUCCCUAAACACAGCUGCUAGAUUUGUAACAAAUCUGAGGAAGCAUCACUGUGCAAACCAGGAUAGAAAGCUAGCUUUUCAGGCUGGGCUCAAAUCUGUCCUGUUCUAGUAAGCUUUCUGGGUGGGGGUGGGGGGUGUUUUUAUGGCUAUUUAAAAAUAUACGUAUAUCAUUAUUUGGUCUAAUUGGCCUUCAUUUGGCAAUCUGGGCCAAGCCAAGAUAAAUUUCCUUCAGGUAAAUGGAAACAGGGCUGUAGGCAUGCAACCACCAUCCACAGGCAGCCGUAAUCCCAUUUUAGAUUAGGUUUUGCAGCCACUUGGUUUGGCAAGGACUAACCACCUCCAGGCAAGCCUGUCUGUCGAUUCUAUCCAUUGCUUAGGGCUAGGAUGGUGAACCUAUGACACGUGUGCCCAAAGUGGCACGUGGAACCAGGUCGACUGGCACCUGCAGCUUUGCCCAUUCCUCUUCCGGGUUUCUGGCACGCAUGUGACGGUCAGCUGGCCUUCAUGCGUGUGGCAGUGCUGGAAACUGGAAGAGCCGGUCUUCCGUUUCUUGGUGUGAGCAUGUGCAUCUGCCAGCUGAUUGUUGUGCAUGCAUGCAUGCCAGUAACUAGAAGACUAGUUGCCAGGCACCCAUGCAUGUGCCGGAAACUGGAAGUUCAUUUUUGGGUGUGCACAUGCCCUCUGGGCAGCUCCUCUUCUGGGUUGCGGGUCAGAUGAGCACAUGCACGCAUGCACUCCAUUUUUUGGCAUUCAGUACCGAAAAGGUUCGCCAUCAGUGGCUUAGAGUAUGUGUGCUAGAAGUUAAGAUUCAGAUUUGUGUCCAAAGGGUAAAAUCUCCUUUCAGUUGAGCUCUGAUGUGACCCGUAGGAUGUACCUGGGCAGUUUCCUUGGCUACGUUAUGGAGGAGUUGAUAAUUAACCUGUUUCAGAUUUCUUUUCAACUUCCCAGUCUCAGUCUGCACUCUGCACCCCUGGGAUGUUUUAGAAGUCUCACAACUUCCUAGGACUAACCUCACUUAACUUCUGAAACUUCCCGUCCCAUAAUCAAAGUUGAUACCUGAGUGAAUAAGCAAAACAAUAUUCUCUUCCAAAUUUUCUAGGUGCUAAAUGUCAUUAUAUGUAUCUAUAUAUAUUCUCUUAUCAGGUAAAAAAAUCUUUAUUCUUGGAAAAGAAAAAUACGGCUACGAAGCACGAAUCAUCUGCAACUCAAUUUCAGUAUUUAUUAUUUUGCUUUUGUUUGUUUCUUGUGAAUAAAGUGCAACAAAGAUGCUGGCAGGAA